GAAGUCUGUGUGUUGUUUUGUCUCGGUUCAGUUGUUCAUUGCUUCACAGCAGAAGUGUGUCAGUGUGUGUGUGUGUGAGAGAGAGAAUCUGUUGCAAUGGAAACAAAUCGAGCUGCUAAAUUGGAGUUUGCGGUGCAGAUGAGCUGCGAAAGCUGCGUACGGGCCGUUAAAGGUGCACUCGAAAGACAGCCUGGCGUGCAGUCGGUGCAGGUGGACUUGGCUCGGGAGGAGGUUUUGGUCGAUACGUCACUUUCCACUCGAGAGGUUCAGGGUCUGAUUGAGAGCACGGGCAGGAGAGCUGUACUGAAGGGGAUCGGGGGAUCAGAACCAGAUCUGGGCGUGGCCGUGGCCAUGCUGAGCGGGGCGGGGCCGGUGCAGGGCGUGGUCCGCUUCCUGCAGAUAUCCGAGGAUCGUUGUUUGAUUGACGGCACGAUCGACGGCUUAGAGCCCGGUGCUCACGGCCUUCACGUGCAUGAACUCGGAGACCUCACACAGGACUGCCUGAGUUGUGGUGAGCACUUCAACCCGUUUGGGAAGCAGCACGGAGGCCCACAGGACACAGAAAGGCAUGUUGGAGAUUUGGGAAACGUGCAGGUGGGAGCAGACGGCAGAGCCACGUUCAGACUGGAGGACUCGCAGCUGAAGGUGUGGGACGUGAUUGGUCGAUCGCUGGUGGUGGACUCAGGAGAAGAUGAUCUGGGAAGAGGAAAUCACCCUCUGUCCAGACUAACAGGAAACUCGGGCGAGAGGCUGGCGUGUGGGAUCAUUGCUCGUUCUGCAGGACUCUUUCAGAACCCCAAACAGAUCUGCGCGUGCGAUGGAGUCACUCUGUGGGAGGAGAGAGAUCGUCCAAUAGCAGGCAAAGGACGCAAAAAAGUCACCGACACACCAGCUGCCAACUUAUGACCACGUGACCGCUCCUUGUACUAAUGAUACGUGAUAACAGAUUGCACUUAACCGAGAAGAGACUCUGAUAAGACCAGAGAGCUUGUUGAUGACUAAUCAGUACCUUUUAAACUUCCCAUGCAGGCGUUUCUGCUGGUGGUUUCUGUUUACUACCACAGCCAUGCACGUUCGAAUUCAGAUAAAACCGGUGUGCAGAAAAAGAGCCACAUCUGUCUCUGCAGUUCCUAUGCACUGAACUCCGCCCAUUAAAACACACAGCCUUCUCACAGCCGUAAGGGAUUACGCCCGCAGUUUUCAAUCUCAUCUUUAUUUACGUCCGUAGCGUACGUGGGAUUACCUCAGACAUGGGUUUGGACACAUUUCCCAAAGAAAAGAACUGAAAAACUUCACUUCAAACACACUUAAGAGAGUCUAAACACAGUAUUUUUGUAUUCCACCAAUAGACAUUUUAAUAUAUGUGGCUUUAUAGCACUAUAGGAACUAUAAGAGUCCAACGAGAGACAGACAUUUAUAUCAGAGUUUGAUCUCUAUGGACCAAAGCAGCUUACUACUUUUCAUAACAUUUUCUGGGUUCCAUGCGCCAUCAGCCCAGAUAUGACUCGUUAUUAUAUCACAUAAACACAAAGGAGCAUGAAUUCUUCGUAUUUUUCCGGGUUUUUAUUAUUAGAGAGAGGUUUACAAAUACCUGUGACAAGAAUUCACCAAGAAACCUUCUUGAUAAAUGUUUAUUAGUGGAAUUCAAUAACUGCCUUGCCAUGAUAACUGAGGGUGCGUCUCAAUCAGCUCUCUAGAUCAGCGAGUCGGCCAUUUUAAGUCGUCCUGUCUCAGUCAGCUCCCUAGUUCAGUAGUCAGGGCGCUGAUCAGGGAGUCGGCCAUUUUAAGUCGUUCUGUCUCAUCGCAAAAUCCAUCCAGUGCACUGGAACGUUCACUCCCUUAAAAAAUCCCACAAUGCACCGCAAAAACCAGGGCGCAUCGAUGCUCACUAUGUUCUCUUAUUGUAAACGACGUCAUGUUCUCUGAAGCCACUCGGCUCGAAAAGAAAUGUCGGACGAGCUCUCGGACGACUUCGUCUACAAAUGUAAGCAGCUUGUUAUCGUUGUUGUAGCUCUCAUGAUUACUUACGUUAGCUAUUUUUAAUUUUAUUUUACGUUCUAUACACAGUUUAUAUACAACAACUUUGAAGUGUUUAAUGAUUUUUUUUUAAAUCCACUAGCUUGCCUAUGAUCCUGCUUGAAGCACCAUGGCAGAAAUGUGUGCGAUUAAGCUAGCAAAUUUAUAUAAGGUAUAAUGUCAGAAAGAUAUCGCUCCUUCCUUGUUGUUGAUAAAUGUCAGUACGUAGUCAUGUCGCCGGAAAUUGAGUUAUCAGUGUCCCAAUGUGUAUUGAGCCAGGGUCCUUACUAGUGCCCCAACUCAUAUACAUCAUAUACUGAUUCAUGACCUAGCGAGCUAGGGAGCGGAUUGAGACGCACCCUGAGUUUUAAAUAAUCUGUCCUUUUCCCAGUUUAGUGAAAUGUUUCAAAAUGUUUAUUUGUGGUAAUCACAUAUACAGUACAUUUUCAGUGUAUUCACUCAUGAGUGACAUAACAGAAAAACGUUCACUCUUCUGUCAGCAAGUUUGAAUCCCAGCAACGCCACCGCCAUCCAUGACCAGGAGCCAAGACAGCAAAAUGAGCUGUUCUCACUAUGUGGGUGGGGCAUACUCUCUCUCCCCUGUCAAUCACAGUGACACAAGCCAAUCGCAGGCAUGUCAUGUACAGUAUGAGGAAGAGCACAGAUUGCACUUUCCUCCAAUGUAGCAUGAGGAGCAGUUUGAAAAAUGCAUCUGGUUGGCUUCAUGUGUCAACAAAGGGGGCGGGGUUAGUUCUUUAUAAUCAUGAAGUCAGAUCAACUCUAAUCUUUGGCAAAAUUGGGCUAAAUCUUCAGGUUUUCUCCCAGGACUGAUGUUAACCCGAGACAGACCACCAGCUUUAUCAAGUUAAAAGCUCUUGAUUUAAAAAGAAUCCAUUGUAAACAAUAUUAUAGUUUUUCUAUUAAUAAAUUUACUAUCAUUUUCAUGAGAUUCAGAAUGUUUGCAAUCUGAAAACAAGAACUGGAUUGACAUGAAACAUCCCUGUGUAGUCUUUGAUGUUCAUGUAAUGUUUAUAAUUAAGUGUAUUAUUUUCAUGCUCCUGAGGCACUGAGAGAUUAAAGAGAUUUGUAGUGGAAGGUUUUGAUUUUUUUUUUUUUUUUACUAAAUGAUUUAUUAGGUUAAAUAAUUUGACAUCUUUUUGAAUGACAAAAAAAAAAAUAUUUUCAUGUUUAAAAAAAAUAAAAAAAAUUAGAUCUGGUUCAUUUUAGCCUGAAAGCUCUUAAAUAGUUGAAAAGAUCUAAAUGAGCAGAAAUCUAAUAAUCCAUGUAAGCCCUAAAAUUGAGAUUAUAUGUUUUCAGCAAUAAUUAGAUAAACUCAUAUUUCCCCAUUUUAAUGCUCAGCAUUUUGUGGUUUCUAAUCGUUAUGAAGAUUCUCGCCUGUGUAUCAUUCCUUUAAUCAUUAAAUCAUUCCAGAUCCCUUCCAAGCAGCUGUGUGUACGUUUCAUCCAUUUUCACUGUUAUUCAUUUAUGAACUUAUUCGUUUACCUAAUAAACAUUUUGUAAAAUUAUACUGUAGUUGAAUCUUAUAUAUAUAUAAAUAAUCUUGAGCUCGGGAUCUUACUGUCAGUGUGGAGUGUCCGUGCAUGUUCUCCGGUUUCCUCACACCUUCCAGAAAGAUACCAAAAAAAAAAAAAAAGAUCAGUUGCAUCUAUCUGUGAAUGAGUGUGUGAAUGUGUGUACAUAAAUAAUUAUUGUAACCUUCAUACUUUUAUCCUACACUGGCACCUUGCAUUUUUUUCACUUUAUUUUUCAUUUUCAUUUAAUUUUCCAUUGACAUAUUUUUGUAAUUAUUACUAUUUUGUAUUCCAUGUUGAUUAUUAUUCCUAUUAUCAUUUUUAUUUUGUUUCAUACUAUAUUAUUUUUUUUAUGUUUUUCUUUAAAAAAUCUUUAAUCUUUUUAUUUUUCUUAGGAAUUCUUUAGAAUUCCUUUCUUAUCUGUGUUGAUGCUUUGGCAAUAUUGCAUGUAAACAGUCAUGCCACUGAAGUACUUGAAAUUGUGUGUGUGUGAUGCCCUGUGACGGACUGGCAUCUCAUGCAGGGUGUAUUCCCACCUCACAUCAUGUUCUCAGGAUCUACUGCGAUCCUGAUCAGGAUCAAGUGGUUCAGUGAAUCAGCAGCGCUCUCUCUCUCUCUCUCUCUCUCUCUCUCUCUCUCUCUCUCUCUCUCUCUCUCUCUCUCUCUCUCUGGUGCACACACACACUCACUGUCUUUCUCACACACCUACAAAUUACAUGAAGGACUGAAAAAUGAAAUUUGGUGCUACAGAGAAGCUCUAUGUUGAAAGAUAUGUACAUAAGAGUUUGUGACGUAAUUAAUAAAUUAUUAAUAAAAUAA